AUGCUUAAUUUUAUACGUAGUUUCUCAUAGCAAAAAUGUAAUUCAUACUAUUUAAAGACUAGAACCCCCUAAAGCUCCUUAAUAAUAAUAAACUUAAUAAUAAACAAAAUAGAACUUUUACUCAACAGUACCUAAAUUGAGAGAUAAUUUUGCAGAAGAACUUUUUAAUUUAGAAAUGGAUGUAGAAUCUGAUGAUGUUUAAAUGGAUACAAUAAUGCAAUUAUUAAAUUUAUAUAAAGAAGCUGUAGAAUACUUUGAAGCUAUUCAUUCAAAUAAAUAUCUCAUAUUCAAAAACAAAAUUUAAAACUUAUUUGCUAAAAAGAAUGUUAUGAAUGCUAUGAAAAUGAAUUAAAAAAAGUCUCCAACUUUAGAAGUUAAAUAAAAACUAUAGUAAAUAAAGUAAGUUGAUUAAAAACAAAAUGCUGAUGAUUUGAUUAACUAACAUCAAUAAAAAGUAAAAUAAAAAUAUAAGUUUUUCAUUAGUAAGAGUAAUUGAACAUUAUAAUACAUAAUAACCUUGAAGCUCAAAAUAAUGUUAUUUAAGAGAGAUUGCAAAAAAGAAGAAGUAGUCAAGUGAGAUAAAUUUAAAUUACAUCUAUUUAAGAUAAUACAGAUUAUUCUGUGCCUGAAUUCAAUCCUUGUCAUACUCCAUAGAUUAAGACUUCAACCAAAUAAUAUAGAGGUAGAUAAACUUUUGAUUCAUGA